AUGCUAAGCAUACAGCUAGCAUCAUUCUUUAGUGAUGUUCGCUUCGUUGGGGGAGGAACCGCGAAGUUUACUUGGGACUACCACGUCGAUGACAGAGCAGGAGAGUUCCGUCCUUAUUCACCAAAGUGGCUUUUUUACAAAGAAAGUGGGAGUACACCCGUUGAUAUUGCUUUCGAUAAUAAGUUCAACGACUGGAAAUGGGAAAUUGCAAGCACUUGUCCCCCUAGGUUGUUAAAUCCUAAACGAGUCAGUAAAGAGUCCACUGCUACGCUGGUUAUCUCUAAUGUCACCRCUGCUGAUAGUGGGAUAUAUAUUUGCUCUCUAGUUUUCAGGUUAUCUCAACCGAAAGCAAACAACUCGAAACUCAUCGUUACAGUUCGUUCCCAGAUUAACAUAACUGGUGAAACAAAUGUCACAGAGUAUACAAACUUGACUUUAAUCUGCUCAGCUGUUGGUCCUCCAACACCAAAUGUCAUAUGGCUUAACAAUACAGGUGUGGUUCUAGCACAAGGGAUCCAGUCUGCUGUGCUGAAUAUUGCCAAAAUCACUAGAGAACAGAAUGGCACCGUAUACAAGUGUAAUGCUACUAAUAAUCCAAAUGAACACCCAGUACAGAAAAUGAUAACUGUUACUGUCAAACACCCCCCAAAGUUAGACAGAAGUCGUUCUGAUAAUUACACAAAAGCUUGCCCUGGUGAAGAAAAGCACAUUAAAUGUGCUGCUAAUGGGUAUCCUCUUCCAACAUAUUACUGGUACAAUCCAAAUAAUAAAUCAGUGAAAGAAAAUAAAACUGGAGUGGAAAGUAAGAUUCUAGUAAAAGCAGUUGAAGGCAACUAGACCUGUUAUAUAACUAAUGGAAUUGGCCAAGGCAUUUAUCACCAAGUUCAAAUGAAAGUUUUUGAAGACUCCAGUUGUAAAAAAUUUAAAAAAAGCACUGGUUUAACCAGCGGAGAGAUAGUGGGAAUUGUCAUUGGAGUGAUUGCUGUGGUAGCAAUUAUAGCUGUGAUUGCUGUCAUAAUCUAUAAGAAAAAGAGUGGU